AUGCCGGCAGUGCAGACUGCAGAGAGCUGUCGUUGUCCCGCCGGAGGCUUUUACACUUCGGCCCACCGAGCCUCGGGCCUUGCGCCGAGAUGGGCGGGCCCUCGUGUGCGGACACCCUCGGCCGCCACAUCCCGCGACCGGCCAGCUCAGGGGUUCAGACGGCAGAACCCCUACCCAAGCCUCUUGGCUCGGCAGAUGCCGCGAGAUCCAGCAAAAGAGCUCUUUGCGCCACGACAGGCGUUCUCACCAGUGUGA